GCUUUGGGCGUUAAUUAUAUAAAUAUAUCAUAAUUAUUAGUAUUUGCAUAGUCUCUUUCUUUUCUUUCUCUUAAAUAAUGACAAUACAAUCAAAUGACACUUCAGAAAAACUAGCAGCAAUUGCAAAGAAAAAAUUACAUAAAUAUCAAAAAAAAAUAAGUAAUUACAACAACAACAACAACAAUGAUACCUUAUUAGCAAUAGUAGAACAAGAAAAUAUAAGAUUAAAAGAAAAGUUAUUUAAACUUGAAGAAUAUAUUGAAAUAUUAGAACACAAACUUCAAAUGGAAAAUAAAAGCAAACAAGAAUUAAGGGAAUUUAUUGAACAUGAUGUAUUGGGAAUAAAAGAUGAUUCUUUAGUUAUGUUUAAUAAACAAGCAUUAGAUGACUACGAGAAAGAAAAAGUGCUUAUUUCAUGUAUAGAGAGAUAUUUACAGAAAUCAAGUUUAAAUUACAUGAUUUAAGAGAAAGAUAUAAAGGUGAUUCUUUUGAAGAAUUAUGUUGUGGAUGUAUUGGUAAAUUGCUGGAAGUUUGAUAUCAGAAAAGUUUAUAUGGGUACUACUUUAGAGAAUAUGUAUUCUAUUUAUAAUUUUAUUAUAUCUAUUCCCUUGGAAGUAUUAUUAUUAGGCCUUCAAUAUUUAAGCAGGUUAUCUUUAGUGGUUUGCACAUUAUACAUGUAUUUUGCAUAAAUUUUUCAUAUUUUAAAUCAUUGCUUUUUUUAUGUAUGUUUUAUGCAUUGUUGGUUGAGCACUCUAGUGUGAUACACAGAAGAAACAAAACUAUACUGUUUUCAUUUAUUGUGUCUAGAUUUGGUUUUUAAUAUAUGUAGCUUUCAAAGAUAAACUAUUGUUUUACAUGAAAAAAAAAAAAAAAAAAAA